AUGAAAAAAAAUUAUCAAAAGAAGAAUAUAAAGGUGGUGAGCACAAGCAAAUAUUUGAAGAAAAGUGACAUCGACAAAGUAAACUGGACAGAAUCUGAGGACAUAAAAUUGAAAGAGAUAAUGGCGCUUGGACCCAAAAACAAAUGGACAAAGGUCGCAAAAAAAUUCGAAGGAAGAACAGGAAAACAAUGCAGAGAGAGGUGGUAUAACCAUGCUCGUCCUAACAUUAAGAAAACUGCUUGGAGUGAAGAAGAAGAUCAAAUUUUGAUUGAAGCACACAAAGUACUUGGUACCAAAUGGGUCGAGAUCGCACAGCAACUUCCGGGGAGGAGCGAUAACAAUAUUAAGAACCAUUGGAACACCACAAAGCGUCGGGUGCAAAAUAAAAGAGGUGGAACUGUCAACCCUGUCGGCAAUAACAUCCUUGAAAACUACAUAAGGUGUAUCACAAUCAACAACGAAGAUUUUCUUAAGACCGAUGGAUCUUAUGGUGAACCGACAAACAUUGAGAGUGAUGAUGACUCUAAAGAUAUGUUAUACGGGGAGAUGAAUUUGAGUCUAGAGACUAUAACGACGCAGACCACCAAACCAUUGACCAAUGCUUCUACAACAUCACCUUAUGUUCAGAUGCCAGAAGAUAAUUAUACUAUGGAGGAUUGUGAAUCACUGGAGGACAUUCUAGAGCUGCUGCGUUGGUGGGAAUAA